AUGGAAUCUUUGCGGAAAAUCGUCGUAAACAAAUACUUAACAAGCUUUGAGAACGUAAAGAAAGCUGAUCUUCUCACUGAGAAGGAGUACAAUACUGUCCACGAAUGCGGCUUAAAUGAAUUGCUUAAGGUCGAAAAUAAUCCGCAAGUGUUGGAGCAAAUUUGCGAAGGAGAAAAACUGCAAACGGCUGAGUUUUACGAUAGGCAAGAAAAAAAGUACCAUCAGAAUGUGGCGAAGGUUUACCGCAAAGAUAGGUUGAUUCCUCCGAGACCUCGCGUGGCCGUGGUGCCUCCUGAAGCCGUUUCUGAACAGGAACUGCCCAUACCGGCCAACAACGUGCCAGCUGGGGAAAGUGACUUGAUAAGAAAUGUACCGGAAACAACAGGAUCCGGUGGAGAAAAUCAACCACAAGCCGAUCCGUACCAGCUUUGCGAGGAAGAAGCCCCUAUCAUGCCACGCUUGAUGCCGCUUGCCUUACCAGUUGAGGAUGAAAACUUUGGCAGUAAUGAAGCAGAUGGAGCCCGUGACUUUCUGGAACUAUGUACCGGACUUCAGCUGCCAGCAAUGUCGAUGAGACAAACAAUGACUCGGGACAUGUUGGUUGCGCAAUUUCCUACGAUCCCGUCGAGAGAACCGAUUGUAGAUAAUUUUCAGGAUAUCGAUUUGCCGACAAUAGACACUCCGUUAUUCAUGAGACCGCCGGGCACCACCAGCACACCCGCUGUUUUACCGAGUUCCCAACUUGCUCCCGUACCGUUACCCCAUCUUACAAUGCCACCGAUAGGGGACCAUGCGGUUCAUGAUCCUCCGGUUGUAGCCGAACCUAUCGUGACAGAAGAAAGACAGCUUCGAUCCAGAAUUAUUCAAUUGCAACAACAGCAGCACCCACAGAAUGGGCCCGUGGAUCAACCCGUUAUCGCUCAGGAUGUUCAGGCGGUUCAAGCAGAGAGCAGCACUUCAGCGGAAACACCGGAGGAGAUUCCACGACCCAGGCAACGCUCUCGUAGGAUGGUGCGCUUUACCGAGUGUCUGGAACCGCUCGAUAGCACUAUUCAUUCGCCCCGGCCUCGAAGAGCGUUCGAUAUUUUUAGCUUCCCGUAUCACACAUGCUGGAAUCAAAUGAUACAGGAUGUGCAGAAUCAGUUCCAACUGGAGCUCCAAAUAGCGCAAUUACACGAGGUUCCUGUUAUGCGAGGAGAGCCAUCGGUUCGCCAGGAACUACCACAAUUGCAGAGUACGGACGGAACUUUAAAAAAUCCGAUGGCGAAUGUGGAAUUCGAGACUCCAAAUCUGACAAGAGACAACCCCCAACUUCCCGUUGAGCAUCCGACGGCCCUUAACAUUGUCAGUGGGCUUGAUAGCGGACCGGUACCGCAGGAACUUACCUUGAGCCUGCCGAUGGGCCCACCAAUUAGCAUGGAUCCGUUGCCAUCGUUGGACGGACAACUGUCCGAGGUUCAUAAAACCAACAGACCAAUUGCAGACAUGAGUUCGGUGUUGUACAACCAAGCAAAAGAUCUCGAAACCAUUUACGAAGAGGGACCCGCUGAAGAAGAGGUCGUUGCAAUAGAUACAAUGCUCAUUGACAUAAUAAUCGUGGUGCAAAGCGAAAUGGCCACCCAGAGGCAAAAAGAUGAGUUCAUUUCGAUAAAUCGCGUGCAGGAGCAGCUUCGCAUAACCAGUCCAAUGGCACUAUCUAAGAUGAUAAAAAACAUAAUCCUUUUAAAGCAAGCCGGACUGCUCAUCACUAAGUGCUCCGAGGAUCGCCAAGUGCAGGGUGUUGUUUUGAAGCUUCCUCCUGCUGAUAUCCUAGCACUUGCAUAA